CCCGCGGGCAGGCUGGGCUCGGCGCGGCGCGGCGGGCGUGUGAGCGGCCAGCGGGAGCGAGGCGGGCAAGGGGAGCGGCGGAGGCAGCGGGGGGGGCAGAGCCGCGCCGCGCCGAGCCGAGCCGAGCCGAGCCGUGCUAUCGCAUACUUUGGCCGCUGCACGGGAGAGCGGGGCCGGAGGCUGCAUGUGCACAGAGCCACCCGCGGAUCUGCAGGGACCGCUCGCAGCAUCCCACGGCUUCGACCGAGAGCAGCGACGAGACAGAGGCCGCCGCCAGCCAUGGACGAAGGAAUCCCCCGCCUGCCGGAGCGGCAGCUCCUGGAGCACAGGGAUUUUCUGGGGCUGGACUAUCCGUCCCUGUACAUGUGCAAGCCCAAAAGAGGCAUGAAGAGGGACGAGAGCAAGGAGACAUACAAGCUGCCGCACAGGCUGAUAGAGAAGAAGAGGCGAGACAGGAUUAACGAGUGCAUCGCCCAGCUGAAGGACCUGCUGCCCGAGCAUCUGAAGCUGACGACGCUGGGACACCUGGAGAAAGCAGUGGUGCUGGAGCUGACUUUGAAACACCUGAAGGCGCUGACAGCCUUGACGGAGCAGCAGCACCAGAAGAUCGUCGCCUUGCAGAGCGGGGAGCGGUCCAUGAAGUCUCCCGUGCAGGCCGACCUGGAUGCUUUCCACUCGGGCUUCCAGACGUGCGCCAAGGAAGUGCUGCAGUACCUCUCCCGCUUCGAGAGCUGGACCCCCCGCGAGCAGCGAUGCGCCCAGCUCCUCGGCCACCUGCACUCCAUCUCCUCGCAGUUCCUCGCCGGCCCCCAGCUCCUGUCCCCGCCGCCGGGCCCCCUCACCAAGGGAUCCUCCUCCUCUUCUUCCUCCCCGCCCGCCCCCCCCUGCCACAAGCCGGAGGGCCAGGCUAACUGCGUGCCCGUCAUCCAGCGGACUCACGCCGCCGAGCUCAGCGCCGAGACCGACACGGACACGGACAGCGGCUACGGCGGCGAGGCCGAGGGGCGCUGCGAGCGGGGCCAAGCCCCGGCUGCGGGGGCGCCGGGGGCGCUGCCUGGCCUGGCCAUCAAGCAGGAGCCGUCGGGGGACGAGGCGCCCCCCGCGCCCAAGCGCCUGAAGCCGGACCGCGGCGGCAGCCCCCUGCCCGUCCCACCGGGGCUGGCUGCGAGGGGCGCCGAGGCCGCGGCGGCGGCGCUGGUGAGACCCGAGGCCGCGCUGCUGGGCUCGCUGAUGGCCCUGGGGGCGGGCGGCGCCGGGGGGGGGCCCUUCGGACAGCCGGCCGCCCCCUUCUGCCUGCCCUUCUACUUCAUAUCGCCCUCCGCCGCCGCCGCCUACGUGCAGCCCUUCCUGGAUAAAGGCAGCCUGGAGAAAUAUCUCUACCCCGCCGCCCCCAUCCCGCUCCUCUAUCCCGGCAUCCCGGCGCAGGCGGCCGCCGCCGCCGCUGCAGCCGCCGCCGCCGCCUCCUUCCCCUGCCUCUCGUCGGUGCUCGGCCCCGCCGAGAAGGCGGCGCCCCACCUCCCUCACCCCUUCGCCGCCGCCGAGCCCGCCGACGAGCCCGAGCCUGCCGCCGACGAGGGGCCCUGAGCCGCCGCCGCCGGGCCGGGACCCGCGGCCCCGGGCACUGGAGGGCGGGGGGCGGCUGCGAGGGGUCGCCGGGGCCGGGCCGAGCCGGGCCGGGCCGGGGGAGGCGGCUCCGGGAGCGGGAGCAGGGCCCGGGAGCGGGGAAUCGGCCAUCCCCCCUUCCCGGGAGCCCUCGGCUCCCGCAGCGGACCGCCGAGGAUAAAAUUUGCUACUCAGUAUUUUUGUAAUGUUUGGCUUUAUAAAUGCGUAAAUAUGUUAAGGAGGAAAACAAAACAACAACAACAAAAAAAAAAAAAAACACAACACACACAAAAAAGGAAAAAGAAGGAAAGGAAGAAGAAUAGUAAGGAUACUCUUCUCUCUCUCUCUCUCUCUCUCUCUAAGGUAACUUAAAUGUUGCACCUUAUCGUGAGUGGGUUCGUACAGUGUCCCUGGGCCCCACUGAGGAACUUGCACUUGGCCGGGAGACCUGGGUGGGCUCAGGGUGAGGGCGGAGGGGCGGCGAGGCAAGGGAAGGAAGGGGAGACCCCGGCGCCUGUGGUAGCACUUUAUCGGGGAGCGGCCCGUGGUCAGAUGAACCCUGAGCCCCAACCUGCAGUGCCUUGAGCACCCGGGGAUGCUGCGAGGUUUUGGCUCCAGCGAGUUGUGGGUGUGCAAGGGAAGGAGGGUCAGACCCAUUAUGUAACCUUGUGUUUACUUUUUUUUUUGGCUAGGGUAUACAGGUGUGGCAAGUGCGUUUGUUCUCACCCCAUCUUUAUUUAUGUUCCUGAGAGAUUUUUCCCCCUAACCUUGCUGUAUAAAAUGAAUGUUUCUGCACUGAACUACGAAAAGAACCCCCCCGUCCACUGCCCCCCCCGAGAAAACACAGAGCAAUUCAUCAGCCUGAAUGCGUUUUAUCCUAAAUUGUGAAUGGCACAAACUGAAGGCUGUAGGUAAACCCCUUGCUUUGCAUUCAGAGGCGAUCAGCCCACGGGGGACAAAUUUCUCGUAUGGGUUCUCUCCUCAUCCCAUUCUCAAAUGUUGCUAUUUCCCUUUCUGGAGACAAACCAGACGCCAGAUAAUCACACAGAUAAAGCUUUUAUAAUAAGGCUUAAACCAAGACCUUGCCUAGAUAUUUUUAGUUUGUUGCCAAGGUAGCACUGUGAGAAAUCUCACUUGAAUGUUAUGUAAGAGGUGAGACACAACAGUCUGACUUGGAGUGAAUAAGUAUCCUGGGUCUGUUAGUCAGUUUGGUGCAUUUGCUGCUGCUGUUGCUACUGUUUGCCUCAAACGCUGUGUUUAAACAACGUUAAAAAAAAUCUUACUAGCCUACAGAGUGGCUGUAUGUAAAUAGUUGUUAAUACAUCCAAUUAAUGAUGUCUGACAUGCUAUUUUUGUAGGGAGAAAAUAUGUGUUAAUGAUAUUUUGAGUUAAAUAUCUUUUGGGAGGAUUUGCUGAAAAAGUUGCACUUUUGUUACAAUGCUUAUGCUUGAUACAAGCUUAUGCUGUCUUAAAUUAUUAAAAAAAAUAAAUCCUGUCUGCAAGAAACCA